CCUUAUUGUUUAUAAAGAUGAAUAUGUUGUUUUACAAAUUCUAAACUAUUAUAAAUAUAUUGUGAAGCUACACCUGAUAUUCUAGGUUAUGUUGCAUAGCAACUAACUCGCCCCAACACAGACAAAGCAGUCGAGUCGAUUAAUAAAAUGGAAGUACAAUCUGAUUACAAAAUAUUAAAUCUAUAUAAAACAAGAGAGUUUGAUAAAUGUCUUAAGUUAUGUGAUGUGGUGCUUCAAACUAAAAGCGAUCGAAUGAUAGAGUACAUAAGAAUGCGAGCUAUGACUAUUCAGGCUAAAAUUGCUGGAAAUGGAUAUGAAGAAGUAAAUUAUAUGCCUGCACAAGACGACUUAACAUCAACGACGGUGGCCAAGACGCCUCGACAGGGCACUUCAUUCCAAAGAGCAAUAAAAACUGCAUAUGCAGAAGGCCCUCAUGUAACUGCAACUUUGGCAUCAAGAUCAGGUACUAAUACAGCACACGUCCGUACUGCAAGAACUGCACUCCAUACCGCGGCUAGGGCUUCGCGAGCUGCUACUGCUUUAGCUGUGGGAAGUACCUCAGUUUUGGAUGCACCAAUUACGCUCAGAUUCCUUAACAAAGAUGAUAAAUCAUUCAUCCCUGCCGCAAAGACAUUAUUUGAGUACAUAUACUACUGUGAAGGAAACGUGCGCAAGCCCCUAUCAGCCUUGGAAGUGUGUAAACAAGGACUGUCUGUAUUCCAUGAGUACACUCCCCUUUUAUUGGAACAAGCGAGAAUUCAUGAGCAAAUGGGAAACAUGGCUGUUGCUGUUAAGUAUUACAGAAUGGUAGCUACCGAGGAUCCGUCAAACAUGGAAGCUAUCGCAAAUAUAGCUAUGUACAACUUCUAUAACGAUCAACCAGAAAUUGCCUUAAGAUAUUACAGACGGCUCCUGGCAACGACUCCUGCUGGCCCAGAAAUCUAUAAUAACUUGGGAUUGUGCUGCCUCUAUUGCAAUCAAUGGGACCUAACGCUGCCGUGUUUCAGACAAGCACUCUAUUAUUCUGUAAAUCCAGAAUCUCGAGCUAACAUCUGGUUCAACUUGGCCCAUGUUGCCUUGUCGACAGGAGACAUGGCGUUGGCGCGCCGAUGUCUUCUGACAAGCGUGGCAAUAUCGGAACAUGGACCAGCGCGCCGAGCUCUACGUGUUUUGGACAAGCGUUUGCGUGCAAGAAAAAAUAACACUAAAUAA